AAAAGAAGAGUCAAACCACUUCAUCUGUGUUGGUUUUCUCUCUCUAAAUCUAUACAUACAAAAAAAACUGCCAUAAAUAGAUAUAUAUAUACAUAUGUACAUGUAUCUCUACGAAUUCUCUUGUUGAUUUUUCAAUCCCUAAAAAAAAAAUUGGGUCUUUUUUUUUUCCCACAUUCGAUUGUCGAUUUUCUUCUUCUUCUAUUUUGAUUUCUCAACUUCUCUCUCUUUCCCCCAUUCCUCGAAUUGUUCCCUUUUUUUUUCCUCUUUCUUGGAAUUAGUAAGCCCGAAAAAACCCUAGUUUUCAAAUAAACUGAAAAACCUCUCUGAACCCUAGUUUUUGUUGAAGAAUUCGGUUCGGAGUGUGUUGAGCUGGAGAUUCGAAGUUCCACUGGCGAUACGGAUUUGGUUGUUACGGGAAAUUUUUAUGUUUUUUGUUCCUUUUUUUGAGAAUUUGCCAGCAUACUUUGCUGAGGUUCGAUGCUGAAGUCAGCAUGCAGAUAACAGCUGGGAGAGAUGCAAAGGUAUCAUGCUACCAGCUGCACUAGUGCAGUUAAUAACAAUAGCGUUGGUGGACCAGCCAGGGACAUUCCCCGAGCCGAGUCAUCAACAACGCCAAACUAUUCCCUGAAUUCCAGGCGGCCAUCACCAUUAACUCCAUACAAGCUGAAGUGUGAUAAAGAGCCAUUGAAUUCCAGGCUUGGGCCACCUGACCUUCAUCUCCAGACAUCUUCUUGUCCCGAAGAGACACUUACCAGGGAAUAUGUGCAGUCUGGUUACAAGGAAACAGUUGAAGGCCUCGAGGAAGCUCGAGAGAUUUCGCUGUCACAGAUACAGUAUUUCACAAAGCCUAUUAUUCUGAAGUGCAAGGAGUCAAUAAGAAAAUGUCACCGGGCCAUAAACGAGAGCCGUGCGCAAAAACGCAAGGCGGGCCAAGUUUAUGGAGUUCCUCUCUCAGGUCAGCUAGUGAACAAGCCUGGUAUCUUCCCAGAGCAAAGACCUUGUGGUGAAGAGUUUCGGAAGAAGUGGAUUGAGGGAUUAUCCCAACAGCAUAAGAGAUUGCGUUCUUUGGCUGAUCACGUCCCUCAUGGUUUUCGAAGAAAAGCUCUUAUUGAGGUUCUUAUUAGGAAUGAGGUUCCGCUGCUUAGAGCUACGUGGUUUGUGAAAGUAACUUAUCUUAAUCAGGUUCGACCUGGGUCUUCUAAUUUGUCUGCUGGUGUUCCUGACAAAAGUCAAUUUUCUCGUUCAGAGCAGUGGACCAAAGAUGUCCUUGAUUACCUCCAGACUCUCUUGGAAGAGUUUGUUUCAAAAAAUAAUUUCCACUCCAUUGCACAUAUUAGGGACCAAUCACCACAAAUGGUCUAUGCUGGGUCUCAACACAGAAAUGGUCCUGCUUCUACUUCUUUUGAUGCAGAUGAGCCUUCUUUGCAUUUCAAAUGGUGGUACGUUGUUAGGCUGUUACAGUGGCACCAUGCAGAGGGUCUGAUCAUUCCUUCCCUUGUUAUUGAUUGGGUGUUUAAUCAACUACAGGAAAAAGAAUCACUUGGUGUUUUACAGUUGUUGUUACCUGUUAUAUAUGGCGUUCUGGAAGCUGUUGUAUUAUGUCAGUCCUAUGUGCGCACUUUAGUAGGAAUAGCUAUACGUUUCAUCCAGGAACCUUCCCCUGGUGGCUCUGAUCUUGUAGAUAAUUCGCGACGAGCUUAUACUAUUUCUGCUCUUGUUGAGAUGCUUCGUUAUCUGAUACUUUCUGUCCCCGAUACUUUUGUUGCUCUGGACUGCUUUCCUUUACCAGCAUGUUUGAUCACACACGUGGUCAAUGAUGGGAACUUUUUAUUAAAAAUUGCUGAAGAUGCAAGCCAGACAAAAAGUGUUCCCCUUGAGGUUGCAUGUUUGCAGAGAGAAAAGGGCACUGAGGUUCUACCCGAGUCCUUGUCCAUUGCGCGAGUAGUUUCGUCCAUUCAGAAUUGUGCCGGAAACCUUGCAAGAGCUGCUAGACCUGGACAUCCAGGUCAAAGUCUUGCAAAAGCUUUACAGGCCCUGGAUAAAUCUCUUAGUCACGGGGAUGUCAGAGUGGCUUUCAAACUUCUUUUUGACAAUCUUUGUGACAGAGCUGUUGAUGAAAGUUGGUUUGCUGAAGUUAGUUCAUAUUUACGUUCUUCUCUGAAGUAUAUCGGAUCAGUCAAAUUGUCAUUUAUAUCCUCUAUCUUUUUCAUAUGUGAAUGGGCAACGUGCGACUUCAGGGAUUUUCGAACUGGCCCGUUGUCAGGCUUGAAGUUUACUGGCAGAAAGGACUUCUCCCAAGUUUACAUUGCUAUUCGUAUUCUGAAGCUGAAAAGGUUGGAGAUGAAAGGUGCAUCCCGGUACAAGAAUCAGAGCAACAUUUCUUUUGAUACUAUAGCUAAAGAUACUGAGUUGGUGAAUAAGUUCCCUGGAUUAGGCAGCAGUUUUGAACUUAAAUACAUUUCAAAAAGUGGAGGAAGUGCCAAAGUUUCCAGGAUUUUUGAGAGCCCAAGCCCCUUACAUGACAUUCUUGUAUGUUGGAUGGAUCAGCAUGAAGUGGAGAGUCGAGAAGGUAUUAAGAGGCUCCAGCUACUCUUAAUGGAACUCAUAAAGGCUGGCAUCUUUUAUCCCCAGGCAUAUGUGAGGCAGUUAAUGGUUAGUGGAAUUAUGGAAAGAAAUGGAGUUUCAGACCUGGAGAAACGGAAGAGACAUCAUAGAAUCUUAAAGCAGCUUACUGGUUCCUUCACACGGUGUGCUCUGGAAGAAGCACGAAUACUUGAAGAACCAGUGCUUUCAGAGAUGAUUAAUAUAUAUUCAAAUGAGCGCCGGCUGGUGCUUCAGGGGCUGCUCGAUCACCCCAAGAUUUCCGAUGGUUAUGGCAAUUCAAGGCCGAAACAAAAAUAUAACUACAACUUUGGAAGUAGCAUGGCUUCUCCUUCAUCCAGUGAAUAUUGGAAAUCUUUUCAGGCUACAUCCAGCUUGACAUCUAACAGUGUUGUUCAAGCAGUCGAGCUUGAUGAUUUAAAGGCUUCAAUAGCAAUAUUGCUGCAUUUUCCUCCUUCGUCAAUAUCAGGUGACACGGGGAUAGAAGAAGAUUCUGUGAGCAGUCUUAAGAGAAGUUCUAGCUUGUCUGGUAACAAAAUGGAGAUCAGUGAAGCAACCCCUGGAUGUGAAGAAUGUAGAAGGGUUAAAAGACAAAGGCUCAGUGAAGAUAGGAGCACAUACAUACAGGGAUUUUCACCUAGUACAUUGGACGAUGAGGAAAUUUGGUGGACAAAGAAGGGACCAAAGUCACUGGAGUCAUACAAAGUUGAUCCACCUCCAAAGCCUGCCAAGCAAUCUGGAAGGGGGAGACAAAAGGUUGUGCGCAAGACUCAAAGCCUUGCACAGUUGGCUGCUGCUAGGAUCGAAGGUAGUCAAGGAGCCUCCACUAGCCAUGUUUGUGAUAACAGGGUGAACUGCCCGCAUCAUAGGACGGGAUCGGAAGGAGAUGCAGUACCAAAAUCAACCGAUGGGAUCAGAUUGCCAUCCAAUGGAGACAUUACCUCCAUUAGUAGAAUCCUUAAAAAGAUGCGUCUUGUAGAGAAGAGAUCUAUCAUGGUAUGGUUGAUAAAUGUUGUAAAGCAGUAUGUUGAAGAGGCUGAAAAAACUGCCACCAAGGUUGGGCAGUUUGGGAGGCCAUAUUCUGCGACUGAUGAUAGGAGCGCUGUUCGAUGGAAACUUGGGGAAGAUGAGUUAUCUGUAAUAUUGUAUUUGAUGGAUGUUUCUAAUGAAUUGGUAUCUGCAGUCAGGUUUCUUCUUUUUCUGCUACCAAAGGUUCCUAGCAGCCCUGCUUCUUCCAUCCAUGGUGGACGGAAUGUUUUAAUGCUCUCAAGGAAUACAGAGAACUUUGUGUGUGAAGUUGGGGAGGCAUUUCUUGUGUCAUCCAUCCAGAGGUAUGAAAACAUAAUUGCUGCAGCUGAUCUUAUUCCUGAAAUCUUGACAGCUGCAAUGCGUCGUGUUGCAGCUACAAUGGCGUCUACAGGAAGGGUUUCUGGAUCAUCAGCUUUGGCUUAUGCACGGCACUUGUUGAAGAAGUAUGGCAACACUGUUAGUGUUGUUGAAUGUGUGAAGGACUUCAAAUCUAAUUACGACAAGAGAUUGGUCGCUGAGCUCGAAUCUGGAAGAUUGUCUGAUGGAGAAUUUGGGUUCCCUCUUGGAGUCCCAGCGGGAGUUGAAGACCUUGAUGAUUACUUCCGUCAAAAGAUAAGUGGUGUAAGAGUAUCUCGAGUUGCUUUAGCCAUGAGAGAUAUAGUACAGAGGAAAUUUGAAGAAGUUUUAACCUCUUUCUAUGGCAAAGAGAGAAAAAAUUUUCCACCUGCUGCAGUGAAAAGCUCUGGCUUGGAAAAGUUGGAUGACGGUUUUCAAACAGUGCAACAGAUAGUUGGAGGACUAAUGGAAUGCAUGAGGCAAACUGGUGGUGCUGCUCAGGAAGGUGAUCCCACUUUGGUAUCUUCAGCUAUUUCAGCUAUUGUCGGUAAUGUUGGGCAGGUUAUUGCUAAAAUUCCUGAUUUAACUGUUGGCAAUAACCUGAAUUCUCAGUCAACAUCCAGCUCGAUGUAUUUUGCAAGGUCCAUUCUACGCAUGCAUAUCACUUGCUUAUGCCUGCUGAAGGAUGCGCUAGGCGAGCGUCAGAGCCGUGUAUUUGAGGUUGUUCUUGCAGCAGAAUCUUCAUCUGCCCUUGCACAAGCUUCUGUACCAGGAAAAGGUUCUCGCACUCAAUUUCAGCCAUCUCCUGAAUCUCAUGAUUCCUCUUCUAACUCCUACGAAGCUCUCAACAGUUCUGUCAAAACGGUAGUCUCAAGAAAUGCUCGAAUUUCUGGAGCUAUAUCUGCACUUCUUGUUGGGGCACUUCUACAGGGAGUUGCUAGCCUUGAGAGGAUGGUUACACUCUUUAGAUUAAGGGAGGGGCUUGAUCCAAUUCAGUUUGUGAGGAGUUUGAAGUCCAACUCAAAUGGGAAUGCUCGGUCUGUCGGGGUUGUGAAGGUGGAGAACUUGGUUGAAGUAUCAACCCAUUGGUUCCGUGUACUUGUAGGCAAUUGUAGAACUGUUUCAGAUGGAUUCAUUGUGGAUUUAUUGGGUGAAGCUUCAGUUGUAGCUUUAUCAAGAAUGCAAAGAACACUAUCAGUGAACUUGGUCUUCCCACCUGCCUAUUCCAUAUUUGCAUUCUUAACCUGGAGAGGAUUCAUUAUCAAUUCUGGCUUUGGAAUGCGGGAUGAUGUACAGCAAUUAUAUCAAUCCUUUGCUUUGGCCAUAGGAGAUGCACUAAAGCACCUGCCGUUCCGUGAUGUGUGUCUGAGGGACACUCAUUGCCUUUAUGAUCUGAUUGCUGCGGAUACUCUUGACUGUGAGUUUGCAGCCUUGUUAGAAUCAAAUGGUGCAGAUAUCCUUUUGAAAGCUGCUGUCUUUCUUCCUCUUCGAGCGCGACUUUUCUUAGAUUCCCUUAUUGACUGUAAAAUGCCACAGCAGAUGUUUAAAUUGGAAGAUGGUAUUGCUGUUGAUGAACAAAAUGACCCAAAGAAAUAUAAGGAGAAGGAAGCAAAAGUUCGUGACCAGCUUGUACAUGUUUUGGAUACAUUGCAACCUGCAAAAUUUCAUUGGCAGUGGGUUGAGCUCAGGCUUUUAUUAGAUGAACAAGCUGUCCUUGAGAAGCUCGAAGCUGAUGCCUCAUUAGUUGAGGCUAUCAGGUCUGUUUCACCAAAUGCUGACAAGGUUGCAGCAUCUGAAAAAGGGAAAAGCUUUGUGCCACUCAUCCUUGCUAGGUUACUUGCCAGACCAGAUGCUGCUUCGCUCUUUUCUGAAGUUAUACACCUUUUUGGGAGGUCACUUGAUGACUCAAUGCUGAUGCAAGCUAAAUGGUUUCUUGAAGGCGGUGAUGUUCUCUAUGGAAGAAAAUCUGUACGGCAACGGCUUAUUGCUUUUGCUGACAGUAAGCAUCUGUCAACUGAACUGCAGUUCUCCAAACCAUGGGGAUGGUGCAAUUCAAGCACUGGUCUGAAGAAAACUAAGGGAAACAAACGGAAACAUGAAGUUACCUCUCUUGAAGAGGGGGAAGUGGUUGAUGGAGGGGCAGAGAGUAGAUGGACAGGGAGAGGAUCUUCUCAAGUAGUGGAUGUUGAGGGCUUUAUAGUCACUCAGCAGCAUGUUGCUGAGAGAGCGUUUGUAGAAUUAAUUCUUCCUUGUGUGGAUCAUGGUUCUGAUGAUGCAAGGAACGCCUUUGCCAGUGAGUUGAUUAAGCAGAUGAAUAAUCUUGAGCAGCAAAUAAAUGCCUUUUCUCGUGGAGCAAAUAAAUCUGCUGGUUCCUCUUUAUCUGGAAUUGAAAGCCCCUCUGGGAAGGGCAACAGCAGAAAAAGUGGUAGAGGUGGCAGUCCUGGAUUAGCGAGACGGUCUACUAUGCCAGCAGAUAACGUGCCGCCAUCUCCUGGGGCACUGAGAGCUUCCAUUUCAUUGCGCCUGCAGUUUCUUCUGAGAUUACUACCUAUAAUGUGCACAGACGGGGAGCCAUCAGGUAAGAGUAUGAGACAUACACUUGCCUCAGUUAUAUUGCGCCUCCUUGGAAGUAGAGUUGUCCAUGAUGAUGCAGGCUACAUGAUCAGCUCCAGUUCAUUGAAGAGAGAUGUUGAGUCUCAUGCAGAGACAUCUUCUCCUUCUUCUGUAGUUUUAUCUGGGGAAAGCCUCUUUGAUCGAUUAUUAUUACUGCUGCAUGGGUUGCUGAGCAGUCAUCGACCAAGCUGGCUAAAGUUGAAAUCUAACUCCAAGUCCUCUGAUUGUGGCAAGGACUUCAAUGCCUUUGAGCGUGAGGUGGUGGAGAACCUUCAGGUUUGAAUGCUGCUAACAUAAAAGUUUAUAUUGCAUGCAUUUUCCUGGGCAGAAUUAUUCCACAGUACAACAUUGUUGGAGAAUGUUAAUUAUUACUUUGUGGAUACACGUAAUCACUGUUUGAUGUACUCUAGCCCUACUGAGCAUUUAGUUUUCAACUACUACAGUAUUCUUGAUGAGGAGUGAGUAUAAUAUAAAUCGCGAACUUUUUUUCGGUUCAGUUUAAAUGUGAAUGGAAGCCGUAUGUUUAAUGUUGAAGAAGAUGAAACCAGACUUAUUAACCUAUAAGCAUCUUAUUGUGGUUGUAAGUUGUUUCUGUUGCUUGAGUGUUUCUUGUUAUUGAUAUAUAAUUGAUGCGAUCAUCACUCUAGACUUAUCUGUUGAAUUUAGUUAUUUAUUUUGUUGUUGACACAGAAUGAUCUUGAUCGUAUGCAAUUGCCUGAUGCAAUACGUUGGCGAAUUCAAACUGCAAUGCCGGUCUUGCUUCCUUCUGUUAGAUGCUCAAUCUCGUGUCAGCCUCCUUCUGUUUCAUCUGCAUCCCUUGCCGUUCUUCAGUCCAGCAAUACAAUAUCUGUUUUACAUGCUAGGAACUCAACCCAGCAAAGAAAUUCUGGGUCUUUGGCUAGAACUGCUACUAAUGCGGCUGGAAAGGCUAAGCAGCAGCAAGUGCAAGAAUCUGAUGUGGAAAUGGACCCAUGGACAUUAUUGGAGGAUGGUGCUGGAGGGCAGUCUUCAAGUAACUCUGCAGUAAUUGGUGGCAGUGACCAUGCUAAUUUGAGAGCUUCAAACUGCCUUAAAGGUGCCGUUAGGGUACGGAGGACAGACCUCACUUACAUUGGUUCAGUAGACGAGGACAGCUGAUUUGACUAGGACCGUGGUUUUGGAUUGAUACAUAUAGAUGUCACCCGGCAUCUGUAAGUACGACGUUGCCCAAGUUGACUUGUGAAGUUGCCAUUGGGGUCGGUGUAUUGCUUCUAGCAGCAGAGCCACCUGCUAUGAGGCACAUUCUUUCUGGGGCAUGGAGUUAGGACCUGAUCAUAAAGAGAAAGACUACUCACCACCUGUCCUAUCUGCCGCUCCUCUUCGAUUAACAACUAACCUUUUGAUCUCUACCUCUCUGGACAGCACUAUUCAUGGCGCAAUCCAGAACUUGUACAUACUGGGGAUAAUUUUCCCUCUUUUUUCUUUUUGGGAGCCGAGUAGAGUUUGUCAGAUAUGAUUUUCUGCCUCCUUGGUCAGCAUAUGUUGUUACAUCUUAGCCAAAUUUGGGUAAAAGUACCAUAAGAAUGUACUGUAGCUUACUGAUUUCAUUGUUAUUUUUCCAUCUCCAUGUUUAGUUAGGGCCUUGGAAAGUUCUGCAUUAUUCUUGCAAAGGCCAUUACAUGUGGAAAGUUACUAGUAUAUUUUUGGUUUUACAUUCUUAGCUACCAAAUGAUUUUGUUAGAGCAAUGCUUCGUGGUGAUCAUUUUGUAGUUUUCACUUUGGACUAGCAGCACCGUGGGUUUGAGGCUAUUAAGCUGGCUGAAUGGCUUCUACGGCCUGGAACAGUGUUGAAAUGGUCCGACAUUUUCAACAGGUUUAUAGUUUGAAACUUUUUUUUUUUUUUGUUAAAAAGUUUGAAACUUUUGAGUAAAACGGUUUUGUCAUCAUGUAUGCGAAAAUAAUCAGAAAUUCGAACGUUAAAUUUCCCAAGAUACAUGGGACAGAUAUUGCAACUUUAGAAUAAUAGGGGACCAUGUUCUCUUUUGGCAUGUCCAAACAUAACGAUAGCUCUAAUCUUACUACAUGACCUGGUGUUGUAUUCAUCUUUUAUUGUAACACAUGGUGUCUUAUAUUUGUGAAUCUGUUAUCACCCAGCGCGAAACAUAUGAUCAGAUGAUCAUAUGUUGUUCUCGUAACAGGUUUUAUAUUCCUUUUGUUCUAGAGAAAUAGUGCAGAUUGCGUUUUGUGGAUUGCAUUAUUGUACAAUUCACAAGUAGAAUACAGCCUACUUUGGAUUUAUGAUGCGA